UUAAACCUUUUUUCAGCCAAUUGAUUUAUGGGUGAAGUAUCACUUUAGUAAUUCAUCUAUCUUUUUGCAGAAGGAUCCCUCCAGUAAAUAUCCGCAGUACGUACGCACUUGGCAUUACAACCUUGUUCCCAAAUUUGAAGGACCCGGAUUCAAAGAAUGGUUAUGAGCAUUGCUAUGAUCACCAGAGUGGUUCUGGUUACCUGGCAUGGAGGCUGAAAACUGUGCAGCGCAACUCUGCCCAAGAGAUCAAGAAAUCAAGGUCCAGCUUUCAGGAUGGCCCUAAGACUCAGCGCAGCAUGCAUUCACCUGUGAGACAGUUGUCAGGUGAUGAAUGCAAUGAAGCUAUAUCAGUGAUGAGGCACUCAAGUGACACAACCCUCGUCCAAGAAAAAAUGAAGGCAACAUUUCGGAAAAGUCAAAGGGUUGUUCAGGACCCAGCCACAGCUUCCACUGUCCUAGACCUUUUUCCAAGAUUCCUCGACACACCAGGCUUGAUCGACCAAGACUUCAAUAUGCUCUUUGGUGAUGAAGUGACUGGUAAAUUCCUCGCUAAAUGGCCAACAUUCUUCAAACCGAAGGUCAGUGCGGAGUGCAAAAAUCUUCCUCGAAGUGUGCACGUGGAUGACCUCCUUUUGUCUGCCCAACAGGAAUCUGAUGAUGAUGAUGGUGUAUGGGACUGUGAGGUUGCCGCCAUCUGCCUGUUGCUUCACCUGUUGCCUCCAACAUCCAAGGGCAAGAAGUCUGCAAAGAUCAGCGCAACGGAUGCUACUGUCCGCCUGGUGAAGUUCCUUAAGGUGGGGAGAAGCAUGGAGACCUUCCUGAAGGAAACUGGCCCUGCUCAGCCCUUUCUCCUGUGUGUUGGAGAACGAAAAAACAGCAUCCAGAAUAUCUACAUCAUCCUGGACCAAAAGGCCAUUCCCUCCAAGACGCAGACUGGAGUUGCUGCCUUUGACGAGCUCUUCAAGGCACAUUUUGCUUUUGCUGUGUCCUAUGAUGAGGCGCUGUGCAACUUCUACACCUUCAUCCAGACAACCGUGUAUGGCAUUGACGUUGGCAGUGUGAAGGAGACCCCUCGGGUGAAGGAAAUUAGAGUAAGACUUCUUCACAGUUCAUUUUGAAGAGGAACUAAUUUCUGACUUGAAAUGUUUACAUGUUACAUUUGCAAGGUACAGCACAGAAAUUGUUCAUUGUUAUGUCGACAUUUGAAGUUCCAGCAUGGAUUGUACCCAGGAAGGUCUUUGCGUUUGCGUUGUGGAGAGGCUGGUUGUUCAUUUGUUUUUUGCACAUACUUCGGUUACCAGCGACACUUAUCUCGAGCACAUAAGGAUGGUGGUGAUUCAGAUUCCGUCAGUGUUGUUGAGUUUGUUCCUGCAACUAAUGUUGGAGCUUCUGUUUCACAACAAGUUAAUGUAGAUCCUCCUGCGACUGUCACUACACACAUUCCAAUUGAUAAAACGAAAAUACUAGACAUGUGCAGCUCUGUUAUUGCUCAACUGCAAUCCUCAGGAGUUCCUGAAAGUACGGUGCAGGGUUUAGUUGGUUCAAUGGAGGAACUGGUCGAUGACAUCCAUGCCCAUGCAAAAGAAACCGUUGUUGAAUGUUUGUCAUCUGAAGCAUCCGGAGACGCAUUGAAAAAAGUUCAGGAUUGUUUUGGUCAGCUUGAAAAUCCAUUUUCAUCUCUUAACACAGAAUCUAAACGAAAGAAGCACUUAGAAGAAAAGGCAAGGCAAGGCAAGGCAACUUUAUUUAUAUAGCACUUUUCAUACACAAGGCAGACUCAAAGUGCUUCACAUAUAAACAUUGUUAUACAUUAAAAAAGAAAAGAAAACAUAUGCAAAGAAAUGAGUAAAAUAGAAAGUUAAAAAGGCUUUUUAGUAAGUAAAAUUGAAAGUGAGUUAAAAAGGCAUUUUAGUAAAAUAAAGCUAAAGUAUUUAAGAUUUAGCAGAAAGCUAAAGCAAACAUAAAAGUCUUCAAUCUUGUUUUGAAGGUGCUCAGAGUUGGGGCAAGUCUUAAAUCCUCAGGGAGGAAAAAUGGAAAAUAGUGGAACC